AUUUACAGAUAACAUAUCCCUUUCAAAUCUUCGUAAAUUAUGGUCAAUGCAAAACAAAGAAAAAUAUGUUACAGACGAAGACAGAAAUAUUAAUGAAGUAAAUUUGUCAAAGAAGAACAACUGAGUAAGGAGAAAAACUCUUUAUUCUGGGACCCAUGAUUGUGUUUAAAAACAGCCGCCACGAUGAGUUAAACUGAGAGAACUGCACUACCAUACCACUACUUGCUAAUAAUGCUGCCUGACGAAGAUAAUGCAUGCCCAUCAACGGAAAACAAGAAAACACCACCCCCAUACAUUUUCUUCUACGAUUUCAGAAAUGUUCUUAAAAACGACGAACUCGGGCGAGAAAUAGCAAGAAUAGCAUUCCCUGCUGCAUUAGGUUUCGUAGCUGAUCCUAUAGCUUCUAUAGUUGAUACAGCAUUUGUUGGCCAAAUAGGUCCGGUAGAAUUAGGUGCUGUUGGACUUUCUGUUGCUCUGCUCAGUUUAGUAUCAAGAAUCACAAUUUUUCCGCUUGUUAGUAUCACCACCUCGUUUGUUGCGGAAGAAGAUACUAUAGGAACUACUACAAGUGUUUCUGAUAAGCAAGAAACUGAAUCCUUAGAGAAAGGCUCAGCUGUAAACAGUGAGAGUAAAGAGUUGAUACCUAAAGAUGGCCCUUUUGAAGGUGCAUAUAAAUCAAACUCACUUGCUGUUAGUAGCUUUGAUGUUGAGAAGAUUCAGAUUCAGAGUCAAAGAAAGCAUAUUCCGUCAGCUUCAACUGCGUUGGUCAUCGGUGCUAUCCUCGGCUUCAUCCAAGCUAUAUUCCUCAUAUCUGGUGCAAAACCAUUGUUGCACUUGAUGGGGAUCAGUUCUGAUUCACCUAUGCUGCUCCCUGCUCAACAAUAUUUAACAUUGAGGGCACUUGGUGCUCCUGCAGUCCUCCUUUCCACGGCUAUGCAAGGGGCGUUCCGUGGAUUGAAAGAUGCAAAGACUCCUCUAUAUGCCAUCGUGAUCGGAGAUGUAACAAACUUAAUCCUAGACCCCAUUUUUAUGUUUGUUUUCGGCCUGGGAGUUCGUGGCGCUGCCAUUGCUCAUGUUAUAUCACAAUAUCUAAUCACAGCUAUACUCUUUUGGAGAUUAGUGCAACAAGUUGAUCUUUUACCUCCUAGUAUAAAACAUCUAACAUUUAGUAGAUUUCUUAAAAAUGGUUCUCUUUUGCUGAUAAGGGUACUGGCUGUGACAUUCUUUCUUACUCUUUCUGCAUCAUUGGCUUCGCGGCUAGAAUCAGCACCCAUGGCUGCAUUUGAAGUCUGCUUGCAGGUUUGGUUGGCUACGUCUCUUCUAGCUGACGGAUAUUGCGUUGCUGGCCAGGCAUUACUCGCAGGUGCCUUCGCGAAAAGGGACUAUGCGGAGGUAACAGCUAUAGCUUCUCGAGUAUUGCAGCUAGGAUUACUUUUGGGAUUAAUGCUGGCUGCUGUUAUCGGAGUAGGCUUGGGGUUUGGAGGAAGAUUAUUCACAAAUGAUGUCGAUGUUCUCCACAUGAUGAUCGCAGCCAUUCCGUUUGUUGCAGGAACACUGCCUAUCAACGCGGUAGCAUAUGUAUUUGAUGGUGUCUUCUUUGGAUCUUCUGAUUAUGCUUAUGCUGCAUACUCCAUGGUUAUGGUGUCCAUUGGAAGCACUUUGUGUUUGAUUUUCCUCUCUUCCUCCUAUAAGUUUAUCGGGUUGUGGAUUGCUCUCGCCAUAUUUAUGAGUCUCCGUGCAUCUGUUGGCUUUUUAAGGUUAGGGACUGGAUCAGGGCCAUGGAACUAUCUCAAGAGCUAAUAAGCAGCCAAAAAACUAAUUCAGCCGUGUUAGAAUUGCAAUGAUUUAGAUAAAUUCUCUACUGUUCUUCAUGUAUGCAUAUCCAAAAAAUUAAUAAAAAGAGAAAUAAAAAUGUUUCAAAGCGCCA